AUGGCGAGCGAACCCCAGGCCGACGCCAAACCUACGCCCGAUAAGAGUCGGGCUUCAAAAGUAUUUGAAGUCUCGAAAAAGGUUGGCAACUUCGUGCUAGCGAAUUGGCUUAUAGUCGGGUUUGGUCUUGCGACGCUCUUGGCGUAUUUCUUCCCUCACGUCGCGGCCCAUGGCGGCAUAAUCAGAUCGGAGUACUCCAUUUUAUAUGGCGCCAUCGCGCUCAUCUUCUUCAUCAAUGGAAUGCAGCUAUCGCCGCAAAAGCUGAGACAGCAUAUCUUCAACUGGCGCCUCCAUGUCAUCGUGCAGGGUAUUGGAUUCGUCAUUAUACCGGUGAUACAGCUCAUUGUCGUUCGUAUAGUCAUAGUCGCCGGUGGCGUAUCAUCAGGGGCCAUUGACGUGAGCGUGCUAGUUGGCAUGAUAGUCCUAGCCGCUGUUCCCACCACCGUAGCGUCAAAUGUGGUCAUGACACGCAACUGCGGAGGCGAUGAAGCGGCAGCCAUCAUCGAGGUAGUCAUCGGCAAUGUUCUGGGCCCCUUCAUAUCUCCAGGUUUGAUCUAUGGGUUCAUGCCGUCUGAUGCAAUAUUCGACGAGUGGCGUCCCGCAUCGCCAUCGACUUUGGGGCCCAUGUACGCUAGUGUUAUGAAACAGUUGGGCCUCAGCGUGCUGCUUCCGCUUGCAGUCGGGCAGGCGAUUCGGUGGGUAUGGUCUAAGCAGGUCGAAUGGAUGCUGAAGACUUUCUAUUUGGCCAAGGUUGCAUCGGUCUGCAUGUGUUUGCUCGUUUGGUCAACCUUCUCCGGCGCCUUCAACACAGGGGGCCUCUACCAGCUCUCAAAAGGCUCGGUGGUCUUCAACGUCAUUAUGAAUUUGUUCCUGUACGCUCUCUACACUCUGGUCUGCUUCUACGCAGCAGCACCGCCGGGAUUUGUAGCCAGACCUGUCAAUAACCAUGUCGCCGACUCGAAGUGGACCGCCCGCUUGCCUGCUAUAGUACGGCGCGGCAUCACCAUCAGAAGGCUGUCAAAGGAACAGGUCGUGGCCGUCUGCUUCUGUGGUGCGGCAAAGACACAGGCUUUGGGGAUUCCCCUGGCUGAUGCGAUGUGGUCUCAACACACUGACCGAGUCAAGUCGCUGAUCCAGAUACCGGUCCUCUUGUACACGAUGGAACAGGUCUUCGUUGCUCAGUUCUUGACGAUUCUCUUUCGUUGGUGGCUGGAAAGGGGCAAGAAGAGAGAGGUGGAUGGGAACUCGAUAGUUUCAGAACAACCUGGAAAUAUGGCUGUGUCGAAUGGCAGACCUGAGGAAGAAAAGAAGCUGGGAGGAGACAGUGGUGUUGCCUGA